AAAGCCGGCGGUCUGAGGCGUUUACUGGGGACGGAGCCCGGGCGCUGAGGCUAUGCGCCCCCGCGAGGUGCUGGGCCAGGCGGCCCGGCUGGCCUCCUCUGGUCUCCUCCUGCAGGUGUUGUUUCGAUUGAUCACCUUUGUCUUAAAUGCAUUUAUUCUUCGCUUCCUGUCAAAGGAAAUCGUUGGCAUAGUGAAUGUCAGGCUAACACUGCUUUACUCUACCACCAUCUUCCUGGCCAGAGAGGCCUUCCGCAGAGCAUGUCUGAGUGGCAGCACCCAGCGGGACUGGAGCCAGACCCUCAACCUCCUGUGGCUAACAGUCCCUUUGGGUGUGUUUUGGUCCGUGUUCCUGGGCUGGGCCUGGCUACAGUUGCUCGCAGUGCCCGACCCUGAUGUCAUCCCCCACUACGGAACUGGAGUGGUGUUGUUUGGGUUCUCGGCAGUGGUGGAACUUCUGGGAGAGCCCUUCUGGGUCUUGGCACAAGCACAUAUGUUUGUCAAGCUUAAGGUGGUUGCUGAGAGCCUGUCAGUAAUCCUCAAGAGCGUCCUGACAGCUUUUCUCGUGCUGUGUGUGCCUCACUGGGGACUGUAUAUUUUCUCUUUGGCCCAGCUUUUCUAUACUGCAGUUCUGGUGCUCUGCUAUGUUAUUUAUUUCACAAAGUUACUGGCCUCCCCAGAAUCAGCCAAGCAACAAGUUCUUCCUGUCUCCAGAAUGACAGAUCUGUUACCCAAUAUUACGAGAAAUAGAGCUUUUGUAAAUUGGGAAGAGGCUAAAUUGACUUGGAGUUUCUUCAAACAGUCUUUCUUGAAACAGAUUUUGACAGAAGGCGAGCGAUAUGUGAUGACAUUUUUGAACGUGUUAAAUUUUGGGGAUCAGGGCGUGUAUGAUAUAGUGAAUAAUCUUGGCUCCCUUGUGGCCAGAUUAAUUUUCCAGCCAAUAGAAGAGAGUUUUUAUAUAUUCUUUGCUAAGGUGCUGGAGAGAGAAAAGGAUGCCACACUUCAGAAGCAGGAGGAUGUUGCUGUGGCCGCCGCGGUUUUGGAGUCCCUGCUAAAGCUGGCCCUGCUCACCGGCCUGACCAUCUCUGUUUUCGGCUUUGCCUAUUCUCACCUGGCUUUGGACAUCUAUGGAGGGGCCAUGCUUAGCUCAGGAUCAGGUCCUGUCCUGCUGCGUGCCUAUUGUCUUUACGUCCUCCUGCUUGCCAUCAAUGGAGUGACCGAAUGUUUCACAUUUGCUGCCAUGAGCAAAGAGGAGGUCGACAGCUCCAGGAAUUCAGCAAUGAACAAAAGAGAAGCGAUCCCUGCUCUUCUGGAGCUGACAGUGGGGAAGGCAGGUAGCAAACAAGUAAAUAAGCAAGAAAAUAUGGUGCUUUGCAAAGAACUAAAACAGGGUUAUGUAGUGAGAUUGGGGGCCUUUUUAGAUUGGGGGGCCCCUCCAAGGAGGUGGCAUUUAGGCUGAGGCCUGAAUGACCAAGAAGGGUCUGCUAUGCAAAGAUGGGGCCGAACCUUCCAGGCAGAGGGGACAGUGAUGCAGAGGCCGAAGACUGACAGCUCCUUUUUCUGACUUGUUGGCCCUUGAGUGCCCAAUGUGGAGUGGGACUCCAUAACUGUUGAAUGCAGGACGAGUGCACACAAGACUGGCACCAUCCUUUGCAUGGUUGCCAAGGCUACAACGUAUGGCUGUGCCUUGAUGUUUUCAACCAGCACCCACUGGGGGAUGCUUCAGUUGCUGCUGCAGUCAUCUAUCUUUUGAUAAGCCUGAUUAAAUAACUUCCUGUCUGUGUUAACCAAGCCUUAGAAAAUAGUCAUUGUCACUGACUAAUUUUCCAUUGAUUUAAAAAGUGGCAUUUUAAUUUUAUCUUUAAAAUUCUCAUUUUUUCCUGAAGUGGAUAAUGUCUUUAAGGCUAUAGACUUAUGAGUUCUGGAAAGUUCAAUAGUUGCAGAGCCCUCUUCUAGUGAAAAACAGUGGACUCCGUCAUCAUCAGCACCUCCCAAAUGGCUGCGUUAAAGAAGCCACACCAUGGAACUUGUCCCUGCUUGAAUUAGCAUGAAUUGCCUACCGGUUUCAUUCAUUGUUUCCAUUCUACUUGGAGCUGGGUGAGGAUGGCUUUGAAAGUUCGUGAACCUAUGGCCUAAACUCCAAGCAUUGGUCUUAAUAAACCUUUCUGAGAUCGUUUCUGAAAAAAAACUGAACAGAUUACACAUCUCUGCUUCUUUUUGGAAAAGAGGUCAGAGUACUGGCCCAGCCUCAAUUGCCUGUUAUAAAGUUGGCCAUUCUGAUAAUUGAUUAGCAGUUAGUGAAGAAACUUCCCUUUUGAAGAUGUGGGCUUUUGUAGUUCUAUUACUCAUUAGAAGAAACUCUCUCAACUAAGAAGCAAAUGAAUUCCCUCUCUGGAAUUCUGGAUGAAAGCAUACCUCCCCUGUUGGAGUACAGUGUGUGUGUGUGUGUGUGUGCGCGCGCGCGUGCGCACGCAUGUGUGUUCUUGCUAUCCUCUCUGAUGAAUUAUAUCUCCCAUAGCACCUUGGGCUUGAUCAGCCCAAGGACCAGAACCUGGGCAUUUGGAGGCCACAGUGGCUUUCUUACCACCCCUCCCUCCUGUACAGAACCCGAGUGGUGGCCUCUGAGGUUUCCUAACCCAGCUGACACAGCUUAGGGAUCUAAGGAGUUUGGUUCCCUCAACAACUAUACACUUAGAAUGCCUGCUGUGUGCUAGGCAGAAAUGAGAUGCUGGAGAAUUUUGUUCAUGGAUGUACCACAAGCCUUUUGGAAGCCUGUGGCAGCUAUUUUAUCUCUGCUGAGACUCAGUUGAGAACUGAAAACUGAAGAUAACUAAGUGACGUGCUGCUCUGGAAUCAUAGAAGUGAAAAGAGCAGUAUAAUCCCUCCAGUCAUAGAACCCACAGAGCUCUGGAGAUGGAGAGAGCAGAGGAGGGAUGUGUAAGAGUCUGGGAAACCCUGAAGGUGGUCCAGGCUUUGCUCCCUGUUUCCAUUUCAUUAUGGAAGCUGGUCACUUGCUUUGAGUGAGAUCCACUGGCCAAGGUUAUGGGGCUUCUGCAUUUUGCAAGGGAAACGGUAUGAGGUGCUAAAGUUUAGGGGCCAGGGGUCAGGUUGGGGUGUUGGCUCAUUCCUUAGGCAAAUUAUUUAGCCUCCCUCUGCCUGGUUUCCUCGUCCAUAAAACGGAUCCAAGCUCCACAGGGAAAGGGCCGUGUGUUCAUCCACCAGUACAUCCCCAGCACCCCUCACAGUACCUGUCAGAGUGCCUGUUCACAUGUAGUUGUUAUCUGUGUCAUAUUGUUGUGUCUCACGUUAAAGACAGGCUGAAAAGGAUUUUUAUGUGUUUUGAUCACAGUGUCAAUUAAAGUAACCAGUUAUUAUCCUUAAACACCAUAAAUAUGUUGAGUUGUUCAUUUUCUUACUCUUCU